AUGACUUACGAAGAUGACGACGGGAAUCCAACUUGCUACGGUCACACUAGUAAAAUUCCCUUUUGCCAUACUCCAGAGGCUGCUGACCCACCCUAUCAGGAUGACCUUCGCUCCUUUCACACGAAACAUUUCCCUACGGCGCCGCUACCUACACAAUUCUUCUAUGGAGCUGAAACUCCCGAAGCUAUUGAUCAGUCCUACGGGGAUGGCUUGGGAUAUUAUAAGGAUGGCGUAAAACGCACCCUUACAGACGAUGAUAUCGCUUUCCUGAGACGCAGCGAAGUCAUGCAGAUCCUUCGAGAACGCAGACGUAGGCGAGACGUCAGUCGCUCGCCGGAACCUGACUUCCCUGUUCAGCAACAAGUACAGCGGCCAGAUCAGCCAACGGAGGACUCCCCAUUGAAGUUGACGCCGACGUCAACGAACAAUCUCCCGCUCAAUGCAUCUACUCCACUAGGCAGAAGCAAAGAUGGCGUACAGCAAGGUCGGAUUGGGAAGAAAAACAAUUGGGUUAAGACGAGUGAGAAGACAAGGCAGCGUAAUAGGAAGAGUAGAAGGGCUAAUAAAAAGAAUAAAAAGGAAAGGAAAAAAAGCCGGCCUGAGGUGCCUAGACGCCGAGAUGAGGAAGAAGAAGAGAAGGAGGAGGAGGAGGAGGAGGAGGGGGAGGGGGAGGAGAGCGAUGAAUGGGAUCCGAGACGUCAGGCCACAGGCCCAGAUGCCAUAAAGGAUACUACCAUUGAUCUGGACUAUUGAGUCUUCGCUGAAUAGUACACGAUUGGUGAUGCACUCAUGUCUGAGGCAACGAACAGCAACUUUGCGAAACCAGGAACAUCGUGAUGGUCGCCGGGGAACUUCAGAAGCAUAUAUUUGAAGCUACAAGGCCAAGUGCUUUGGUAUGCGAAACGCAGGCCACGUUGAAGACACAAGGGCUGAUACCGAGGAGAUCGGUAAUACUUCGUUUCUUACAACCUUGUCCUAGAAAGUGACGGG